AUGGGGGCCCACAGAUCAAAGGGAGUCUCCCGAACAGUCCGAGUCACCACCUUGGUUUUCUCAGCACACUCAUCUGCGGUCGGACGGCACAUCAAGGAAGUCCAUGGAACCGUGUAUGGUGCGACAGCAAUCGCAAAGGAGAAAAAGAGAGCGGAAGAAAUGCUCCUGCAAAAUAUUGCUGGACUGAGUGCUGAGAAGAUCUGGGCGCUCUCGGACAUGCGGGGGGAUUCUGUUGUAGAUGACAGUACGGACAACAACCAGCAGGACUUGCCAAGAACUGAGGAGGUGGGGGCAGCUGACGACAUGGAAUGGGAGAUGCUAUCAGAUGAUCUGCAAAAUGACUCAACGUUCACCACGGCAUUCCGAGAUAUCGCGGGGUCAAAGUGGAAACCUCGCUGGUACAAAGAUAUGCGCACUUGGCGGCAACGUAUGCACCACCUGGACGAAAAUUGGCAGCCCCUUCUCCCGAAACUUGUAGACGUGUACUUAUCCUGGCGCUAUGGUCCUGACCGACCAGCUGAUGAACCUACCGAAGCAACCGCCAGCGCAGAUGAUGGCAUCGACUACAACUUCAAAACUCCUGUCCUCGACAUCUACUCGACUGUCAACUCCGUGCUCUACAAGCCCUCGUUCAGUGUUGAAGCCUUUGCAAAACUCCUCUGUCAUUUUUAUAUGAUUCCUUUCCGUCGCCGCUAUCGUGCCACACUUGGCGAUGCAUUCGACAUCUACCUUACGAUUCUGCGCAUGGUCCGCAAGAAGGUCCUUAGUGCACUGGGCUGUGAUAUGCCCAACUGGCGAGCAUUAAAUGGUUGCCCAGCUUGCAGAUAUGAGCUCAAGGAUGAGCCUUCACUUGAAUUCUCGUGUAUGUACUGCAUGGACGGUAACAGUUCCCUCAAGCGGUUGGCUCCUGUGGGUGGGCGCCGUGCAGGAGAUCUUCGGACACUAGCCGACAGCGACUACUACCUUCCAGAAGACUUCAUCGAGAAGUAUGCUGAUGAAGUGCAGUCGAGACGUACGCUGAACAAGGUCGAUGUACCAUUGCACCGGGAUACCAAUGAGGAUGCCGAGAGCGACCGUGGUGAAGAUCAGACACCGGAUGGAGGUGAUCCAACAGACGGCGAUAUGGGGCCUGUGUCCGGUUGCACUGAGAAUUGGAAGGCUGCAGCUGCAGAAGAGAAGAAGAAGAUGUGGGGAGUCUUUGAGGAGACAGGUAUAUUUGCAAGUGCAUGCAGGCACGGCCUUAUUCUCUGGCUGAUCGACAUGGUUCGGAGCAGUGAACUUGCUAAAUAUCCUCUUGCUAUCAUCGCGAAGGCUAUGGAAGUAUUCGGACCUCACACACUGGCAGGCUACGACAUUGGUUGCUCCUUCGAGCAGACCGUUCAUCACAGUUCACUUGGGCCGACGUUCACCCACCUUCACUCACGUUGCUGUGUCAACGCAUUCCACAGUUACUCACAUUUCUACCCCUGUCAAAUUCGAUACCAUCCGAACGUCAUCAAAGGGAUGGGCCUUGAAGACCUGGAGACGCUCGAGUGCAUCUUCAGUGCUUCGAAUCUGCUGGCUUCUUGGGACAACGAGAAGUAUUCAAAUCUUGGCACAAUGCUGUACAACAACUAUAAGCAAGUGCUCGAUAUUAUUCAGACACCAUCUGUUGCUCUCGCAGAUGCCAUGGCAUCUCUCGGUGUCUGUGAUGAGGACCUCAAGCUGUUCGAGUUGGAGGAGCAACAGUAUUUUGCAACACUUGGGCAGGAGCCAGAAUGGGAUGUCUAUGCCAUGGCAUACGUCGAGGCACUACAAGAGCUUCGUGCAAUAAUUACUCAAGUUGACGAAGCAUCCUCAUGGUUCCUCAAUGCUACGCCAACUGACUACCAGUUCCUACCACCUACCAAUGGUCCUACAUGGUAUGAAAUGGAGAUGUCGACUACUCGCAAGCUCGAGACUCGGCGGCUGAAGAUGGGUAUCACCAACCGUUUGCAGCCAUCCGAUGCCCCUUACGUCGAAACGGUCAAAUAUAUAGCCACUCACAAGUAUCAACUGGCAUUGGGUAAGCUGCAGAGGCUUGUCAUACAGCGGCUCUUUGAGCUACACAAGUUGAAUCUCACGCAGACGGCUUACCGUGUGUGCACGCAUAUUUCCAAGAGCCUCCAGACACGCUGCAGGGCAAUCCGAAAUGCUGUCACCUCAUACAACAUCGCAGCGGCGGCUCUGAAUCCUCCACGCCCGACUCUUGACUGGGACAAGGUUUCUCACUACAGUUUUCUUGAAGAGUUCAACCUCCUGCACGAUACCCACCAUGACAUCCGUGAGAAGCAGUGGACACAGCCAGCCAUGCAGGAGACAAUGCGUCUCCACUGCCGGAUCCAGCGUGCACACGAGAAGAUCCAGAGGUGUAACAUUGAAGUGCGGCACAUUUAUACCCACAUUCGUGAUGAGGACAUGCUCUUCAGCACCAUCCUCGAUGACCUCUGCCACCAGCAAGACCCACUGCAUGGUGCUGUGCUAGAAUAUUGCUCUCGCCGUCGGGUAGUCAACACUCACAUCCUCGCAUUCCUGCAGCGCAUCUAUGCACUGCCAGGCUUCACGGGCAAUCCAUUUCCUGGCGAACGUCUUGGUGUCCCUCAUUCAUUGCCGGUCGCUCAUUCGGAUGUCGAAGAUCUUCUCUCGGCUGAGAUGCAUGAGUUGAAUGAAGAAGAGCGUGCGGGACUGGAGCUUGAUGAUGACGACGAAGCAGAAGGUGACAUCAGUGGUUUGGUAGAUUAUGUCUCAAAUCUCGCGGUGUAG